AUGAGGAUCCAACUGGCUUGUUUGCUGCUGCUUUUUGCUACUGUGGUCUCUCAGGAUGCAAACGCUCGUUACAAAAAGUUUAUAAAACAACACAUCAAUGGCCGAAUGAGUGCUAACCAAUGUGAUGCAGUGAUCGGAAGUAGACAUAUCACCAAGACCGACAGCAAUGAGUGCAAAGAGACCAAUACCUUCAUCCGAGCCACCACCAAAUUAGUCAAACCCAUCUGUGGGCGUGCAGGAGAGCCAUACGGUCAGUUGACCAAAAGCCUACUACCCUUCGACAUUGUUGUUUGUACACUGAAAAACCAGCAGGCCAGGUAUCCCAACUGUCAGUACCGGGGUCAAGCUCGCACCAGGCAGAUUGCAAUCAGAUGUGAAAACGGUCUUCCUGUGCACUAUGAGAGAGACAUUGUGUCCUUUGAAAACUGA